UCAAAAUUGUUUGCUUACACUGGGGACAUUUAGUAAGAUCAAAGAAGCCCUCCCUGAAACUACUGGAGCUUUUACCACUGGCAGGCAGCUCUUGAUAUUUUGCAGAAUUUGACUGAUUACAUCACUUUGAGAGAAAAGAAGUAUUGGCAACAAAAAACUUCUCCAAGAUGGACUACUUUCUGGACGUUGAGUCUGCUCAUAGACUGUUUUACAGUCAAGGAGCUCAAGACUUCAUCCCCAUGGUUCAUGUGUCUCACUCCCUUCACUUCACCUCUUCUUAUUUGUUAGGCUGCUUUCUUCUCUUUCUCACUCGCCGGGCGACCCUGCUCACUGUCCCCACAUUAAUGGCGGCAUCUUCCGAGGAGGAGAUAGACCGGAGACCCAUCAGGAGAGUCAGGUCCAAGAGUGACACCCCGUACCUAGCCGAGGCCAGGAUCUCCUUCAACCUCGAGGCAGCUGAGGAAGUGGAAAGACUGGCUGCAAUGCGUUCAGACUCUCUAGUACCAGGAACCCACACACCUCCAAUCAGGAGAAGAAGCAAAUUUGCCACUCUAGGAAGGAUUUUCAAACCCUGGAAAUGGAGGAAGAAGAAGAGUGAAAAAUUCAAACAUACGUCAGCAGCGUUGGAAAGAAAGAUAUCAAUGAGGCAAAGCAGGGAAGAGCUUAUAAAACGAGGAGUUCUGAAGGAAAUCUUUGAUAAAGAUGGAGAACUUUCCAUACCAAAUGAAGAAGGAGCUUUAGAGAAUGGGCAGGCUCUGGGCUCUGGACAAGCUAUGGGCUCCAGCCAAGCUUCACUAUCAUCCCUAGCAGAAUUGGAAUCAGGCUCAGCAUCUGGGGAACCCUGUACAUAUGAGGUGCUCCCAACCACAGAGAUCAUGGAUGGGACAGUGUCUGAAGAGAGCCCCACUUCCAGUGAGUCUGGAGUCUUCCUGUCCCAAGAUCCUUCAGCUAAACCAGUCCUGCUACUUCCCCCCAAAAAAUCUGCUGCUUUCCUUGGAGACCAUGAGGACACCCCAAUGAAACAGUUGUCCCUCCUCAAACAGCCCCCUGCCCUGCCUCCUAAACCCAUUGCCAGGAUUGCCAAUCACUUAACUGAUCCUGGCGCGCCUGUGAAACUGCCUUGUAUGCCAGUUAAACUGUCGCCUCCGCUACCUCCAAAGAAAGUCAUGAUAUGCAUGCCUUUAGGGGGGCCAGACCUCUCUCUCGCAUCUUAUUCCACACAGAAGAGCUCCCAGCAGCCCUUGGCUCAGCACCAUCACACUGUACUGCCAUCCCAGUUAGCAGCCCACCAGCACCAGCUUCAGUAUGGCAGCCACAGCCAGCAUCUGCCUUCUGGAUCCAGCUCAUUACCCAUUCACCCUUCCGGAUGCCGGAUGAUAGAGGAAUUGAACAAGACACUGGCCAUGACCAUGCAGAGGCUAGAAAGCUCUGGUUUACACUCUGGUGACAGUGUCAUGAAAACAGGACCUGGCGGCCUUUCAGACAUGAGACAAGUGCCAACUGUUGUGAUCGAAUGUGAUGACAAUAAAGAAAAUGUGCCUCAUGAAUCUGACUAUGAAGAUUCUUCCUGCCUUUAUACAAGAGAGGAAGAAGAAGAGGAGGAGGAUGAAGAUGAUGACAGUUCAUUAUUUACAAGUUCUCUGGCAAUGAAAGUCUGCAGGAAGGAUUCCUUAGCAAUCAAACUUAGUAACAGGCCCUCCAAAAGAGAACUGGAGGAGAAGAACAUCCUCCCAAUGCAGACUGAUGAGGAAAGACUCGAACUGAGGCAGCAGAUUGGAACAAAGCUAACAAGACGACUGAGCCAGAGACCAACUGCUGAAGAAUUGGAGCAGAGGAACAUUUUGAAACCUCGGAACGAGCAAGAGGAGCAGGAGGAGAAACGGGAGAUAAAGAGAAGAUUAACACGUAAGCUGAGUCAAAGGCCUACAGUUGAAGAAUUGCGUGAAAGGAAAAUCCUCAUCCGCUUUAGUGACUACGUGGAAGUGGCAGACGCUCAGGACUAUGACAGAAGGGCAGACAAACCCUGGACGCGGCUCACAGCUGCUGACAAAGCAGCCAUUCGGAAAGAGCUCAAUGAAUUUAAAAGCACUGAAAUGGAAGUUCAUGAAUUAAGUCGGCAUCUAACAAGGUUUCAUAGACCGUAGCAGUUCAAUUCUUCCUGACUACUAUGCCGUCUUAAAAACAUAAUUAAAAGGAACCAUAAGUGCUGGUAUUAUUCACUUCCCUGUUAUGUACAAUGUAAAUCUUCCAAACUGCCUUUUUAAAAAAAAAAAAAAAUAGGAAAAAAAGAUGAAAAUUGUAUUUACAUAUGAUGGGUACUGCUCCUUCAUCAGACCUGCUGGCACAUCCCUCGAUAAGAGAAAAUACCCCUGGUGGGAGUCAUGCCAAGAUCUGGCACCUAUGUUUAAAGACUUCCUGGCAUGUGGAUUCACCAUAUUUGUCCAAGCCCAGCUGAUAGUGCAUCCAUUCUGUCUUCAGUCACCCCUCAUCCUUGCAAGCAUUUGUCAUCCAACUACAAAGACCCCUGAAGCACUUGGUGUUGUUCUGGGAAUGACUCUUCUGGGUGAAGUCUCCAACAGGCCUGCACCCCAAGCAUUAAAGCACUUAAACCAAACAUUCCUUUCUAUUUGUGAGCACCUUAGAAGAAGGAUAAGGGAGAACUACUAUAAGGAUCAGCCCAUCUUGAACAUUUUCUGAGUACAAAGAAAUUCACAUUCCCUGGAAAAGUGUGUGGCUGCCUGACCGUCACUGUUUUGCUUCCCAAGAAAAGAGCAUGCUUCAACCAGAGCAGGAUUCUUCAUGGAAGGCUGGUUUCACUCCAUCUUUUUGUAUUUCAAAAUGUACUUUUCUAAAUAUAACACUGAAUCCAUGCAUUAAAAAAGAGGACGUUGUCAGCAAACAUAAGAGGCUUCAUUCCCCCCUGCCUUGUAUCUUGUGUAGUAGCCUAUGCCUGUGCCUCGUGAUUGUAAAGAGGAUGUAGAACACAACCCAAUCAGGCUGUGUUUUAUGUCCACUUUGUACAAGUGUCAAAGACAGCAGGUGCAGGUCUGUGAAGAAUUGGGUCCAAGAUUGAAUUCCAAGAAGGUCCUUGUGGGAUAUACGCUGUCUCUCUGCAUGUGGGAGAUAUUUCAAAGACAAUGUGGGUAUUAAGGGUGUGAACUUAAAUCUGACUGAAAAUAACCUCUCAGGUUGAUUCCAUUGUAUUGUGGUGGGUGGUCAGAAUUGGCUGCUGUAUCCAGAUCCAAGCCGUUCAGCAAAAAAAAAAAUAUGUAUCUAUCUCUUUCCCCCAUUGGCAUGUUUUUAACUGGUAAAGGGUCCGACCAGGGUUCAGUUGUGCGAGGAGCCGAGCACUAUGGCUCUACUCAAGCAAUGUACUUGAACACAUACUUAGCUUUCGCUAAGAGCAUCAUUAGUUACUUUGCAAAUGACAGUACUCACAUGCUUCCUUAAAGAUAAGCACAGGCCUCAGUGCUUUGUCCGAUGGGGACCAGAGUGUUCAGCGCCCUGCAGAAUCAAGCCCUUACAGAGUAUAACCAUAGCAAGCUACAUACAACGCUGUAUGUGAUCCCAUAUAAGAAAACAUUAUGCUGUGCUGUGUAGGUGGUCCAAAGCACUGUGGUAAUAUCCACAUAAGCAACAGGAUUCUGGAUAGUAUCAUUUUUAUUUUAUAAUUUGUCUUUUGCAUUUAAAAAUUUGUGAAGAGACACCAAAGUUUUCUAUGACCACAGUGUCUUUGUAAGAGGGUUUUCUCUAUGUGUUACACGAUCCCUCAUUUUCUCACUUCUCUGGGUUGCUCUGUAACUGCAGCUCCCUCCUUCCACCUCAGUUUGAUUUCUGACUAUUAGAAUCAGGUGGAGAUUUCUCUCCCAGAAAGAAGCUGUCACCAAUCCUGUGUAGUCACCCUGGCUCUGGUCUCAUCUCUGCUUAGACUUAUUGCUGGUCUAAAUCAGGAGUAACUCCCUGGCUCAGUGGAUCUAGAUUAAUCUUAAAGCUGAAGUAAGUGAAAUAGACUGAGGGCUCUUGAUUUCAGAAGGACUUGAGGGCAAUAUCCCAGGGUUAGGUUCUAUAUGGGAAAUGUGAAAGCAUUUUGUUCUUGUAUGUGAGCACCAUAAUUAUUUGGAGAAUAAUACAGGGUGAACACAAAUAAUUAUUUGGAGAAUAAUACAUGCUAGAGUAUGGUGGAGGCCUACAACUUUUUAAUUUUUACUACAGAAGCUGAAGAACGAAGUUGUCCUUUUGAUUUGUGGUAGUAGGUCUUUGGAGUUAAAUCCUGCACAGAUUACCAUGUUCUGCCUAGUGUUUUCCUGAUAGUAUAUAAAUACCUACAAUGAUCCCUAUGCCCUGAUCAUGUGCGUAGGAUAUGUUUGUGUAUCAAAAGAAAAUAACCCCAAAGUAGAGACGGUUUCUCUCUGUUUGAGGCAGUGUUACUCUCCUUGGAACUAUGGUCUGCCAUUGACUACUGAUCACAGCCUCAAAUACAGGACCAUGCCAAUUAAAGUUCCUGGACCUACAACGCAUUUCCUCAGACAUGGGUUCAUUAGUAGCAGGAACACAAUGUGAAAUGUUAUCAGCACCGUGCAGAAACAGUAGAGAAGUUCUCAGCCUGGCAUAUAUUGCUACAUGCUGUUUUAGUUAAGGCAUGGGGAGGCAUAUCUUAAUUUGCACACACAGCAAGGAGGUGUUAUGGCUUCAAAAAGAAGGAAAGCCAAGGUCUUGGCAUUUGAGCAUACAUAAUGCAUUAUCAUCAAAUAGGUGCAGGGCCAAAGAUCCCUGCUCUGGCUUCUCUGCUUUGUUAUUGAAGAGGGUCAGUCCUGCAGGAUGGGUUGAGGAGCAACAAAAAUCACAGUAGCCAGAACUGGUAUGACUGUGGGAGGAACUAGAGAAAGGGCAGAUUAUCUGUUAAAAAGGAAAGGGCACCAAAAAAAAAAAAAAAAAGAAAAAGCAUUGAGCAGUGUUUGCUGUGAAGAUCUAUCUACACUAAGCAACUCACACUGCACAACUAGAUGGAGGAAAUGCUGCCAUAGCACUGCACCUUGCCCUUGGUGUACCAAGAUACCAACCCCAGUGGGAACCUAUCCUGACUGGGCUGGCCCUGCUCCACAGCUGUGUAGGGUGCAUUAGACCCAGCUCUGGGUAACAGUGGAAAGAGUUUGUUUAUGGUAGUAUUGACAUCCAAGCAGAUGAGCAUGAUAAUCUGAAAUAGUAGUCAGUGGACCUGCUAAUGUUUCACUACAGCAGUGCUGUUCAACCUGUUUCCUUGGUGGGCCAGAUGGGGAGUGCCUGGUCCAUCUGCAGGCUGGAUCCAGCUCAUGGUCCUCCUGAGCCAGUAUCCAAGGCAAGUGCAGCAGUGCCCCAUCCAGGGGGGGGCCCUGACCCAGUCAUGCAGUGAAAGGGGGCUUUGCCUGGCCCCAACCUGGCCCAGUGUGGGUGAAGGGGCACCACAGCCUGGUCUCAGGGGGAAAGGGGCAUGGCCCAGCCCUGAUCCAGCCAUGUACUUGAACUAGGAUGUGGCCCAACCCCAACUGGGUUAUGCAGUGGUGGCAGGGUGGAGGGCAUGCCCCAGCUCUGAUCUGCCAAGGGCUGGGGAAUCUGGCAGUGGGGAGGGGUGGCAGUAUUCAUUGCCACUGCCCCACCCCCCAAUUUAUGGGGAGCCCAAUGGCCAGAAGUUGAGCACCCCUGCUCUAGAGGUACAAAUACCAGCAUAAUGGGCAACAAAAUAGUGCUGAGGAAUCCACCCUAAGUAAGUGCCCAACACUUUAUCAUGGAGUAAUCUAUGCUACUGAGCUGGUAUUUUACCAUUAAUAAUGCUUUGGGUAUUUCACAGGCAUUACCCUUUAAAAAGACACCUUGCUGAAAGGUCACUGAUGACAAAAGACUAGAUUGCACCCUUAGUUUGCAUGUAUAGCAACCCAAUGACAUUAAUGGGCACUUCAGAGCAAAAUGACAGGGGUUUUUUCACCACUUUUUCACAGAACUGUGAACAUGUUCCCCAUCAGACACUAUGCUGCAGUCAAGUCAUGCAGUACUUGGUAUUCUUUUUUUGGAAAAGAGAAGCGUGUACACUUUUCCUAACAUAGUCCAGGUGGAGGUAAGGAUAGAGCAGAUGCCUUCCCUUUGGAAUAGUCAGUUAUCAGCAGUGAGCUUCAUUUGCAACAGAAGGCUAUCUAAAAAUAAGAGCAAUGUAUCUUGCUUGAAAAAGAAAUAAAUGUAAAACUUGCUUCACUGCAUUAUCGAUCACUAAGUAUGCAGAAGAGAAAAAAACACUAAUGUUGAAAAAGAAAAAUUGUCAGUAAUAACCUAGUGAAUCCUAACCCACUCUUAACAUUUCUAAGUUGUAAUGUAACUUCUGCUCCAGAAAGAAGCAAGAGCAUGGAGUGAUAGUAAAAAUAACUGUAACACUUCUUGCUAAAUGGUUUGAGAACACAACACAAACAUCUGAGGUAAAGCAAAGGUGACAUCUCUUCCUCCCCGCCCUUGCUAAAAUAGUUGAGGCUAGACCUGGGUGGAGGAUUCAUAAAUAACAAUGUAUUUCACAACUAUAGCCCUUCUCUCUGUGUACGUGUUUUCUAUUUGAGCAAGCUUUAGAGUGUACACUCUGGAGUGGAGCCCAUGGCCUCUCUUGCACCCAUAGUGCCAACACACACUGGGGGCAUUUCCCAGGGGAGAGGCAAAAUAGUGACUAAUAAUGAUAGACUUCAAUUUGUAGUAAUUUAUAUUUAAAACCUUUCAAACAAACCCCUUAUACAAAUAAGAUUUGGCUUAACUUUACUCGUAUGCACUUUACUGUCUCAUCAGCUGUUCUCCCUUCACUGACCGCAUGGAUCACACAUUGUGUAUGCAGACUGAAUGGUUGAAAUGGUAUAAACAGCAUAAAUUUCCAAUGUGAUCAGAAAAUACUUUAAUUUGGAUAAAAAAUACUCAUAUUCACAUAUAAAUGAGAGGCUUCUUAAUAUUCCUGCCAGUAAACCACUUUGUACAAACAUUCACUGAAGGAAACGGUGAAAAUUGGGGCCACAGAAAUCAAAAAAAUUGGGUGCAAAUGACCAUUUUUCCUCAGGUGCUUACCCAGCUCCACUUUAGGAUGACUGAUAAUACAAAAAUUAAGUGAAGGGCACAUUAACUGCUUUUCCAUGCGUCUCAAUUACUUCAGAGCCAGUUGCAUUUUCCAGUUGAUAUCCAAGUGUAUGUACAUAGUUCGUCUUUGUAUAGGAGUGAAUGUGGUGACUGUCAAUCAUGUGCUCUUCCAGUAUUGUAAUUUAACAGAUUAUGGCUGUAUGAAAACAUGUAAAUAACUAGAAAAAAAAUUAAACUGGAUCUCUAUGUCCUAGGUUUUGUACAUACUGAAACUGCAUGCUAUUUAAAUUAUUGUUUGUCUCUAUAUGCAGUUUCUUAAAAAAAAAUUUUAAA